UCUAUAAAUGAUGUUUACAAACAGCAUUGAGUUGAGGCACAUUUGCAUAUUCAUGUAAAUUUGAAGGGGGACAAUAUUGUGAUAACCUAGAGUAAUAUCAACUAACAAAAGAAACAUCCUUUUCACCUUUUAAGCUCAUUUUGGAGUCGUUCAAUCUGAACCUCUCUGAUCAAAAAGAAGCACUGCUGAACAUUCAACACAUUCAUUGGUAUACAUGCACAACUUUUGGAACCAGAUAAAGCAGGAAUGUUUGUUUCUGUAUGACCUAAUGACUACAGAUGUACUUUUAAACACAGACGUUUGAUGAAAUCUUGAACAUUUGAUUGGAUUAGUGGAAUUUAAAGAUUUGAAAUGUCUUUAAGUCUGUUAAUCACUAUCUUAGAGGUAAUCAUUCUCUGCUUAAUUUGCUUAACUGCUCUAUUUGGUAACUUGAGCUUAUACAUCAUCGUUUACAAGAACAAAGAUCUUCAAACGGUCACCAACUUGUACAUUCUAAACCUGGCCGCGGCAGACAUCAUGGUGUCAGUUCUAAGCAUUCCGUUUACUGUGGUGACAGUCAUUACAGGACACUGGCUGUUCGGUGACACAGCUUGUGUGGCACUCGGCUUUUUAACGAUUUUAUCCUUCAUUACAUCUGUGAUGUCUCUUGGUAUGAUUGCCAUCAACCGAUAUUUUUACAUCGUCAAAUGGAACACUUACAAAAAGACUUUCUCGAAGAAAAAAAGUUUGCUCUACGCUGCUGCAGUAUGGAUAGUCUCAAUAUCUUUGGCUUCUCCUCCACUUUUCGGCUGGGCAGAAUACAGCUUCAUUCCUGGAAAAUCCUACUGUUUUGUUUACUGGCCUUCAAAUGUGUACUUCAUGUAUUUCAUGAUCACAGUGUGCUUUUUUGGGCCUCUUUCUGUCAUGGCCUUUUCAUAUUACAACAUCUUGAUGUUUACAAAGAAUUUAAAGAGACGUAUUGCAGUGUCUAGAAACUACCUUGCACCAACUCCUCUACACCAUGAGCCUACAACAGAAGAGAAAACCCAAAAAGACAAUCCAGAAGACAUCAAGGUUGAAAGACCAGGGAUAAAUAGACAUGAGGAAGGCACCUUUAAAAUGACUUUGAGAUCAAAACCAAAGUUUCAAAUCACACCUGAAGAAACUAAGAUCACAAACAUGUUUCUUUGCGUGGUUGCCCUGUUCAUCAUUUGUUGGGCUCCAUUUGUUAUAACCAUGUUUUUUGAUGUGUAUUAUUCAAGGCCCUUGCCUCACACAGUUGAUAUGGCAACACUGCUACUUGGUUAUCUGAACAGUAUGUGCAAUCCUAUCCUGUAUGGAUUGUGUAAUUCAGCUUUCAAACAGGGAUUUCUGAAUCUAUACUCAAGAUUUCUACCCAAACGGUUCAAACCUACAAAUGUGACAUAGCUAGAAUCGACAACAAAUGUGCCUCUUUGUGAUCUGCAGCUGUACAUGUAGAUAGAUACAGUGGACAGACGGACAGAUGGAUGAAAGAACGGAUGGACAGACAGACAGACAGACAGACAGAUGGACAGACAAACAAACAGACAGAUGGAGGGAAGGAUACUAAGAUAGACAGAUACAUGUCUAGAUAGACAUUUAAGCUACUUGAUCUAAGAUCAUGAUAAAUCAUGAUUGAAAUGAUUAAAAAAUAUAAAAAAUGACUUAAAAAACAUUGAAACUAAAGUUCUGUAAAACACACUUAACAGGUAUUUUGACCAGUGAACU